AUGAAUCAAGGCCAUUUUCUCAAUGAUAUCCUUGGGCUCGAAGAUGAGUUUUAUGCUGAGGGCCACACACUAGGAACACUCGACGGAACAAGGGCGGGAUUCAACGAAGGCAGUGUUUUUGCCAUCGAAAAUGGCUUCGAAAAAUUCCAGACGAUAGGAAGACUCUAUGGGAAAGGGAUAAUAUGGGCCAAACGUUUGCCAAACCGGCAGGAAAUGCUGCGAAGCACCCCUCAGCUAGCUCACAAAAGUAACGACGAAGUUCAGCAUGCUAAGUCCAAUACCACUCUGUCAGUGGCACCAGACAUAAAACCUAUCCCAGCACAAGACCUGCCCAGCCUACCCUGUAACCCGCGGCUGGAGAAACACAUUGCAGUCUAUUUAUCUCUGGUGAACCCUCUCACAUUAUCUAUGGAGAACAAGGAAGAAGCUGUUGCCGACUUUGACGAUCGAUUAAAAAAGGCCGUUGCAAAAGCGAGGGUCAUCGAGAAGAUGGCCGGAGAACCAAGCGAGCAUACUUCUCAGAGCUCCCGCGGGGCUAGCAAUAUCGAAGACAUCGGAUCUCUACCAAUAGAUCUCCCCGGAAACCAAAAGCCACGAAAUUCUACACCUUACUAUAAUAGCCUACAAACUAUUCAAUUCACGGAAUUAAACCACAACGGUCAAAAUAUAACUCCCCCAAUGGUUCACUUCGACUGGGAAAGAGAAAGACUAAGAGAAAAUGAGCAGUACGCGUUUGACUGGUCUUUAGAUGACUCUCCUGUCUACCAUUAA